CCUCACUGACGGCAGUUAGCUAACAGGGUAGCUGUUAGCGGCUAGCUGCUAGUGGCGCUAUGAUGGCGGAGCUGGUGCAGGGACAGGCCUCGAUGAGCCAGCCGGGGCUGAAGGCAGACGGCCUGGCCGAUGCUUUACAGAGGGCCCGCCAGAUGGCAGUUAAGAUGGGCGGAGAAACGAUGUCCCACCUCAACAGUUCCUCAGUGAGUGGCGAGCCGUCGCUGUAUUUUCCAGGCCAGAAACGACCAGGAGAGGAAACAGUAGGUAACCAGUUAGCCGCCAUGGGACACCAGAGGGUAAUCACAGAGGAUUACAAAGUCCCCGACAGGAUGGUGGGCUUCAUCAUUGGCAGAGGAGGUGAACAGAUCACCAGGAUUCAGCUGGAAUCUGGCUGCAAGAUCCAGAUUGCUGCCGACAGCGGCGGCCUGAUGGAGCGUCCGUGUUCUCUGACUGGAUCUCCAGAGAGUAUCGAACUGGCGAAACGGCUACUGAUCCAGAUUGUGGAGCGCUGUAGAAAUGGUCCAGGUUUCCACAGCGACGGCGACGGCGGGGCAUCAGUUCAAGAGAUGCUGAUCCCCGCCAAUAAAGUGGGGCUGGUGAUUGGCCGAGGAGGAGACACCAUCAAACAGCUGCAGGAGCGUGCAGGAGUGAAGAUGAUGAUGAUUCAGGAUGGUCCAAUGCCGACAGGAGCCGACAAACCUCUGCGCAUCUCUGGAGACCCGUACAAAGUGCAGGCAGCGAGGGAGUUGGUGUUGGAGGUAAUCAGGGAGAAGGACGGAGACUUCACAUCAGGACGUAACGACUUCACAGCGCGACUGGGAGGAACCAGCCUGGACGUUCCAGUUCCCAGGUUUGCUGUCGGUAUUGUAAUUGGCAGAAAUGGAGAAAUGAUAAAGAAGAUCCAGAACGAUGCAGGCGUUCGAAUCCAGUUUAAAGCAGAUGACGGCAUCAGUCCAGAGCGUGUUGCCAUGGUGAUGGGUCAAGCAGACCGCUGUCAGCACGCAGUCCACCUCAUCAAUGAACUCAUCCAGACUGCACAGGAGCGGGAUGGGUUUGGCUCCGCCCUGCGGGGCAGCCGGGUCAGAGGUCGUGGUGACUGGACGAUGGGCUCCCCUGGUCCACUACAGGAAGUAACAUACACCAUUCCUGCUGACAAGUGCGGCCUCGUCAUUGGCAAAGGUGGAGAAACGAUUAAGAGUAUUAACCAACAGUCUGGAGCUCAUGUGGAGCUACAGAGGAACCCUCCCCCUUCUACAGACCCUACCACCCGGGUCUUCACCAUUCGGGGCACCGCCCAGCAGAUGGAAGUGGCCCGCCAGCUUAUAGAUGACAAGAUUGGGGGUUCAGGUAUCAUGAGUAACGGAGGUUUUGGCUUCAGUCCCUUUACCCAGGGCCCAGCUACACACCAGAACUGCAGCAGCGGCCAGACGUUCCUGACAGGAGUUUGGGGAAACGCCUACCAGACCAGCUGGCAAAACCCGGGACAACAAGACCCCGGUCACAGUUUGGCCCAAACGGGGCAGAUGGACUACUCCAAAGCCUGGGAGCAGUACUAUAAGAAGCUCGGUCAGCAGAACCAGCCUCAGAAUUUGAUGACUGACUACAGUAAGGCCUGGGAUGACUUCUACAAGAAACAGAGUCAGUCGUCUCAGCAGAGUUCAGUGCCAGAAUACACUGCAGCAUUAGCAGAAUACUACAGACAGCAGCCCUACCUGUGGAACCCCGCCCAGAUACAGGAUCACUAGAUGAGCCGUUCUUCUCGGUGAAGGCCACAGAUGUUCAUCGACGGCAAUGGAAUCGGAGUUUCCUACCAACGCUCUGCCGCUUCCUCCUUCCUUUUGUAGGAUUUAACUGAGAAAAAAAAUCACGAACUCUUUUCUUUCUGUUUUUUAACCCUUACAAAGUUGAUAUUUUGUCAGGCAGAUUAUUUGGAUUAGCUUUGGGUCUCUGCAGUGUAGACCAGGUUUUGUUUGUUUGUUUGUUUGUUUUGUUUAUUUUUUAUUUUUUUUUUAAUCAAACUUGAACUUAAAGAUGUAUCAAUGUGGCUUUGAACAAAAAUAUCCAGUAUAAUCUAUAUUUUGUCUAGUUUUAUUUUCCAGUAAGAAACGGUAUAAGGCUUAGCAGUCCUGAGUAAGAAAAUCAGAUAUUAUAUUAUUAUUAUUUUGUUUAUGAUAAUAUUUAAGCAUGCGUCAAGAUUGUGGGGUGUUUUUUGGGGGGGGGGAGCAAUAUUUUAAUGGGCGUUUGAUGAAAUGUUUUACCGUCAGAGACAAAACCCGUUUUUGUACUAAAUUGGCACGCGCUGGGUCUGUGUUUGUCAUUUAGUCCCAAUCUUGGAGGUGCAAUGAUGCGUUUGUUGUUUGUUUUCAGUUGAUGAUAGUUGUCGUUCUUGUGUCUGUCGUUUGGAAUCGUUAGUUUCUGUGAUGUAUUGAUGAAUAAAUGAUGAUUUAUAUUGUUAAAGCCAGAUCUCUCUGUGGUCAAACACAGGAAUUAGUCUCCAGUCGACACCGCGUUUCCCCGCGUCAUGCUACAUUAGAAAAAGGGGGAAGAAAUUAAAGCUAUUUUCUUACAGUCAAAGUUUAUUAUUGUUGAGUUAGUUUUGCAUUUCUACUUUGCCUGUUGAUUCACAGAAGUGUUAGCAGCUGAACAAUGAAGUUAUCAAUUGUGUUAGCAUUAAAGUAGCUAAUGAAUGUUAGCUGAAAGCUGUUUGUUGAUUUUAGCAAAACCGUGUGUGUCACCUAAACUAUGCGUUUGUUAUUAAAUGUGUCAUUCAUUGGUUGUUGGUUAGUCACAUGGUCACAGUGAGUGUAGCUGUUAGCUGAGUGAAUGUGGUGCAUAAACUGCUGGUUGGUGUGUGUGCUAAUUCAAGUUCAAGUGCUAAAUGCUAGUUCAAGUGGUUAGUAUUCACCAAACAUAUCCAUUGGCUAAAUAAUCUUCACUUUUGGCAAGUGAAUGUGUUGGCUGAACCGUUAGGUGUGUGCUGUGAUUGCCAGCGGUGGUGUCUGUUACGUGAAUGCCGUUAGUUGAGUAGUUUUAUGCUAUGUUAGCUGAGUGUUUAUUUCUCUCAUCUUGCAUGUUUUGCGCUGUAUACAGGUUAGCUAAUCUGCGACUAUUUGCAAAGCCAUGCUACCUAAAGCCGUGGUUCUCAAUCCUAAUCCUCAGGGAUCCCUGCUCCGCAUGUUGUCCACCUCUACCUGCUCCUGACACCUGAUUGGCCAGUUGUGGUGGCUGCCAGCUUAUGAUUGGUUGAGCGCACCUGACUGAGCUGCCUGUCUGUGAGAACCACUGACCUAAAGAAUAUGUAUGUUUGUGUAACUUUGUGUAAGUGACGCAAAUGCGGAAGGUGUUUAACAACUUUUUUAUAUCUUAGCAGCAAUGGUGUGUUUUUAACUCUAUGGCCGACUUAUUGUUUAUCGAGCCUUAAAACCUGCCAACGUAAAAAUAACUGCUGUUUCCAAAAAUCCAUGUAAAAUUUUCAAAGUAUGUACAUGUGCAAUAUAACACAUAAUAACUAAAACAACAAAUCGAUUACCUCAAACGUUAAAUGACAUCAAAGCAAAUAAUUAGUUUGAAUUGAAUCAUGGAGUGAUUUCACCCGAUGUUGCACAUUCAUUUGUUUUUGGUCUGUUUUUUUCCUUAGUUUUUAGAAAAGUCAUUCUGAAACAUCUUAACGUUUCAAACUGCUGAUGUGGUAUAAUUGUUUAUUAUUUACAUGGUUAUUCGUUGUUCGUGAAACUCAUUUUCAAAAAAUAAACUAACUUUAAGCUAAUGCUAGCAGCUAGCAUUGAGUGCUAGCGAACUAAAAACAGGAGCCGCGUGUGUGCUUAUAUUUAAAAUGUAUUUUUAAAAGUUAUGUAGUUUGGAGAAUGAGUGACUUUAAGGGCGGGGGGUGUUGAGCUGCUUCAGGCUCAGCAGUGCCCCCUACACACACCACCAACAAAUAAUAUGUCAGCAAAAAGCAGCCAUCAGUCAGGAAUGCGAACUUGUGCUAGCUAGAUUAUGCUAUUUGCAUGGCUUGCAUUACAGACAGCAGUUCAAUACCAAAGAUUAAUUGAUUGUUGGGAAGGAUUUACCGUAAAGCUCUAAAUUUAAUACAGUGUUUUAUAAAUGUUUUUUGAUUGGAUUAUCUUCAACCAUUACUAAUUUAGAGCUGCUGCUGUUUCUGCCAGCAGGGGGCGCACUAGCCUGAAAGAAGUCAUUUGUGAAAUAUCUGAACAACAAAUUAACAAGGUUCCAAAUUUCUGCAUUAGCAAAAGUGUGUUGUGACAAGUUUGUGCUUGAUGGGUGAUAGUGAGAAUUCUAGCUUAACACAAUGUGAUUACCUUAACUUUAGGCAUCUUGAUUGAAUUCUGUGUUAGCUGAACUUAGCAUAUGUGUGUUAGCCAAACAUCUUGGUAAAUUAGCUGGGCUUACCUUAGCCGAGUUUUCCUCGUUGGUUGAGCUCUGUUUGCAUUGGGUGAUUUUCACGAGCAUGUACAUUAGCUGAAUUUUCCUUGUGUUACCUAAAUUUUUGUGCCUUGAAUUUAACUGAACUCUUGAGUUAGCUCAAUUUUGCUUAUGUGAGCUAGCCAACCUUACAUGUGCAUGUGUUAGCUGAGCUUUUUAAGUGUUAACUUUUUCUGUUAGCUAGCUAAACCUUGCAUGCAUGCACAUUUACUAGGUUAUCCAUGCUUUAACUAAACUUUGCUAACAUUAGCUAGCUCAACCUUACCUGUUUGUGUGUUAGCUUUAUUUUGCCAACAUUGGCGAGCUCGACCUUCCCCGUGUGUGUCUGUGUGUGUUAGCGUUGCGUGUUUAGCGUGUGGGACCACAGAGAGGUUUGUCUGGCUGCAGAGGGGAUCUUUGAAGCUUCCUGUACUUGUGACGAUGAUGAUGAUGAUUUCUAUUUAAAUCCAUUUAUCCAGCCUCAGUUGUCCGUAAUAUGGUUUGUGUAAAUUUCACAUUCUGGCGGUGCUGUCCUUUUUAAAUGUAAUUUCUUAAAAUGAUAUUGUUUAAUUCACGUUGUUGUUUAACAAUUUGCAAAGCUGUGUUAUUUUCUCAAGACUGCUAGGCUAACUUUUUGUCUCCCGCCGGUCUGUCUGCGAGGACGCCGCCAUCCUGACGGCUUUGGUCUUUUCAACACGUAUGCA